UGGAAUUAAAUAUUAUUUUUUUUAUGUUUUUGACGGAUUUUAUCAGCAGUUCAUUUUCAAUCCGAGCAGUAUGCUGAUGAAAAUGAAAAUAGGCAGUUCAUAGAAAAUUCAUGAGAUAUUUUUAAAUAUGGAAACACAUUAAAUCCAGCGGUUUUCUGAACACCUUAAAGAACAUCAGAUGGCUGAGGGAGGUAUUGCAUUGAAGAAGGAGGGUGUAUAUUUGGAAGAUGAUGCUAAAUUUCCCUGUCUCAUCUGUGGAGAGAAGGGCCUGACCCAGAAUGAAAUGCGAGUCCACAUAAUGAUGGCGCAUGUCGAACGGGACAUAUCUUGUCCUUUUUGUGAUCUUAGUGGCAUUACAUCCAAUGAGAUGAAUUUACAUAUCAACAGUGUUCAUCUUGCCGAAGAAAAUACUACUGCUCAAUCUAGUAAGUCCAGCACCUUGUCUGAUUCUCUUGAAUCUGAAGUUCCCCUGUCACAGACAUCCACCGCAGCAGAUACACAUUCCAAACACCAGGGCAAAGUAGAGGCAGCAUCAGAUAAUGCUCAGACAGUCAAGUCGCCAAAAGGCACUAGUAAACCCAAAGAUGAAGAUUUUGAUGAAGUAUCCCAUGAUAAAGCAUUUCUUCAAACAGAGGACACGGCUGGAGGCUCUGGUGGAAGUCAUGAGAAAAGCUGCAAUUUACACAGCAAAGAUAAUUCUAGUCAGACAUCUUCCAAUGGAGAACAUGGGGCCAAGUCUUCUGAAACUUUGGACAAGACACGUCUGUUCUUGGAUGUCAACCAACCCAAAGAAGAGGUGGGGGUUUUACGAAUGACUCAAGGUUUUAACAACAGCCAUGACAACACUUCCAGAGAAGCUGCAAUAGGAGGAGAAGCCAUAAGCACAAGGACCAGUUUCCAAGGUGUUCAAAGAAAUAGGCUUUUAGCAAUGCCAGAUAUCAAUGAUAAUGUAGAGCCAGAUAUCAACUCCAACAUUCCCGGUGAAUUUCCAUGUCCAAUGUGCCAGUUCAGUACAAUCUCAGAGGCGGAUAUUCAGACUCAUGUCAAUAGGGAGCAUUUAGAUAUCCUGAGUCCAUGUAAAGGUGGUGACUAUGAGAUGGUGGAUGAUGAUUCAGUCCCAAGAUGUCCUCUCUGUGGAGCAGCAAUGGAGUCGGUAGAUGAAUUACAGAUCCACGUUAAUACUAGUCACACUGAUAUCCUCAGCCCGGACCAGCCAAUGGAAAUGCAAGAAAAAUUAUUUUCUCCAAUGAAAAGAGACAGUAGAAAUGUAAAGCCAAUCAGAAACGAAAAGACAUCUAUUGCAAGAUCUGCAUCCUCUGAUAAUGUAAAGCCAAUCAGAGGCAAGAAGACUUCUAUUGCAAGAUCUGCAUCCUCUGAGAAGAGUAAUAAAGAGGAAGACUGGGAAAUGGCGGCCUGCAGUAGUAGCUGGAAUGGCAAUGAAAGAUGGCAUGAUACCUACAACUGCCCCGUUUGUGAUCAAGAGUUUGAUGAUGCUGCCAUCUUAGAAAUCCAUGUCAAUGGCCAUUUUUCUGCCAACAAUACUCCAGUAAUUGAUAAUGACUUUGCAUUGGCUCAAGAGCUUGGGAAGUCAGAACAUGAGGACCAGGAGCAAAAGCAGUUUGAGGCUUUGCAGGCAAUGUAUGGUAUGAAAGGGAAUUCCAGUUACAAGAAGCAAUAUGAGAAGACUUUAGAAAACUCAUUCACAAGAGGAGAAUUGAGCAUCACAGAGUAUCAUCUUCGUAAACAGAGCAUGAAGACCAGAGAUCUUGCCGGCACGGACGACGGACACUCUUGUACGAAAGGUGUAAUGGAGAGAUUAGCCACCUACUACGGCACCAAGCCCCCCAACAUUGCCAGUGUUUACUUGGCCUCCCAUGUGGACCACUACUCUGCCUCCUAUGGAGACCGGGGGUGGGGCUGUGGGUACAGGAACUUCCAGAUGCUGCUCUCCUCCCUGGCAGCCAAUCCGACCUACAGCAAAGUUCUCUUUAAUGGUAAGCCUAUGAUUCCUUCCAUUCCCAAAAUUCAGCAGCUCAUAGAGGCGGCAUGGGCCAAAGGGUUUGACCAGCAGGGCAGGGAGCAACUGGGAAACAAGGUUACCAACACCACCAAGUGGAUCGGCGCCACCGAGAUAGCGGCCACAUUGUACUCACUGAAAGUCAGAUGUCAGCUGUUGGAUUUUCACAAGCCAUCUGGACCCCAGGGCACACACCCACGACUGUUUGAGUGGAUCAAGGCUUACUUUGAGAAGAGGGAGCCAUACAAACUCCCCAUCUAUCUACAGCACCAUGGUCACAGUCGGACAGUAGUGGGAAUAGAGGAGAUGCGGGAGGGUGGAUUCCGUUUGCUCAUCUUCGAUCCAUCCACUCCACGGAAACAGAUGCAGCAGUACCACGGUGUGGUGAACGGUGGCAACCUAAGGACCAUUCGCCGCACGCUGUAUGGACUGAAGGCCAAGCAAUAUCAGCUGGUGGCGGUGACCGGCGUCCUCACUGACCAGCAAUAUGAGGAGUACAAGGUCCUCCGUUCUCAGAGAAUUGACUAGGUGGGGCUGUUAUUGCCGGCUGCCAGAGAAUCGACUACAUCUAGGAGGAGCUGUUUAGUCUCCACAUGGAGGGGCUGUAUAAGUCAAACAACAGGAUGAAACUGUGUGAUUCAGUCAACUAAAUGUCUAACAGAAAGGUCUGGUCUGAUUACUGAAUGGCACCACCCUGUUAUUUAUAUAUAAUGGGUAGUCACCUUUCAGUUGACUGAAUGACCCAGCCUCAUCCUGUGUAGUUAUUCAAGGUUAUUCAGUGGGAAAAGGGAGAUAAUUCUACUGCAGUGAUGUUGAAUCUCAAAGCUUAAAUUUUAGAUAGGAUGUAUUGAUUGCAUAGUGCAUUAGGGAAAAAAAAAUGUAAUGGGGAAAUAACGUAAGAUAACUGGUCAGGUUAGAAACUGUGAUAAGAUGUUCAAUAACUAGUACAUGUACAACUUAAAACCUAAAUGUGCUGAAAAUAGAACAAAGCAAUAUUUGAAAUAUAAAAUGGAUUGAUGUGAAAACUUAUUUUGUUCACAUACUGUAAACCAACUUUUAUUCGCGUGCGAGAAAUUUUUCGCAAGGUUAGCGAGAGCCUUGUAGUCGCAAAUAUUUCCUGCUGCAAACCAAUCAUUUGUCUUUAGUUUUUAUAACAAUGCUGGUCUGGAUAAGGCUUGGUCGCGAACAUUACUCGUCAUGAACCAGCUUAUCGGCAGUUAAUCGCGAAAUAAAGACGCCGCGAAUAAAAAUUGGUUUACCGUAUAUUGAUAAAAACAAAGACUAUGACUAUUUCAUUGGUUAGAAUAUAUACACUCACUUAAAUUAGGUUCUUUGAAAUGCAAUAUUUCACUAUAUAGAUAUACCGGUACUACAUAUUGUUCAGUUUGACAUUUUUAGAAGAGCUUUGUAGAAAUAGAUGAAAGUUUACAUGUUAAAAGCCUUGACCCGGGUAUUUGUAUGAUUAACAGCACAGCUUUCCAGUGCUUUCCUUAGAUUUUCUUUAUUCUUUUUUAUUUAUUUCCAGAUCCAAUUUAUCCCCAAAGCUAUAAUUAAUAAGCUAAACGAUGAAGAAAAUUAAGUUAUAGUAUUUCAUUCACAAUCUUUUUGUUCUGAUACUUUUUACAUUCAUGCUAUGACUAUUGAUGAAUGGGAGAUAUGAACAAAUUCUAAGAUUCAAACCAAAAAAAAGAUGUUUAAAGGAAAAAUGGAUGCUCAUCCUCACAAUGUCAGGGGUCCUAAGUCUACUCGUGGCCGUGGGUCCCACUCCCUCAGACACAAGUGGACUCAGAACCCCUGACAUUGUGAGGAUGAUGGAUGCUCUAUGAUUGGCUACUUUCUCAAAUAUGAAGUGUUGGAAACCUUUAGCAAAGUUAGCGAAGUAAAGUUAAAAAAGAAAGUGUUUAAUUUGGAGCUAGUUGUCAAAUAAAUGGCAGAUCUUCAUUCUUUUUUUCAAUAUUUUGAUUACAACUGGAAUGUUAAUUAAAUUGGCAUCUGUAUUAUAUAUUGAGUUCCCAGUCCAAUGGAGUACAUGCUAAACAAAAACAGCAGAUGUCAAAUGAAAUAUUUGAAGAAAGCACUGGUACAUGUACUGUAGCUUGUAGCUGGUAUCAUGACUACAUGUACAUGUAGCAUCUGUAAUAAAUACCUAUUUAUGAAAUAGUGCAGACUGCUUUCUAAGUACAUCAUUGUAACAAUGAUUAUGUUAAUAUGGCACUGUACUUACAAAUAUUUGUAACUACAUAUUGUCUUGUCCAAUAUUAUUGAUGCUGUUUAUACUUUUUGUUAUUUAUUUCAUGUCAGUAUAUUUUUUUAAAUGCACAGCUGUGAUAAAUGGUAACUUUUACAAAAUUUAAUGGUUAGAAUGUUGUAAAAAAAAAAAAAAAAAAAAAAAAAAGCCAGACUUAUUGCCAUUUUAUUGUUGUGAAAAAAAAUUGAUAUUAGG